UAGAGACGGGGUUUCACGGUGUUAGCCAGAAUGGUCUCCAUCUCCUGACCUCGUGAUCCGCCCAUCUCAGCCUCCCGUCUGGUCUGUAAUCUUCUAUGUGUGGAAAUGAUCACCGUUUUACACCUUUACUGCGUGUGCUGGUCUGUAAUCUGCUAUUUGCACUUAUGAGUGCAUGUGAGUGUUUUUCAGUCACAAGAGACAUUUCCACAGCACGUUCCUUAGCAACUGCCCAGUGUGUGAUAUAAGAGGCUCGUUUUGCCCGUUCCUCAGUGGUGGCUUUCAGGACUGUUUCUGAUUCCCUCCAGCCCUUCAGUGAAUUUUCCCCAUGGCCUGCUCAGCUGCAGGCGACUUUCUGGGCAUUGGGCAUACAGCUGUUCACAAAACAGUGAUCUGUGCCAACACAUUUCUGGUCAUAUCCUAUCAGUUCUUUCAACUGCUGACUGGAUGAGGUACGCCAGGCCAAAGGGCACACCUCGGAUUUGCCCUCCCAAAGGCCUGUGCCCGUCAGGGUGGGCCUGUGUUCCAGAUCGGCCCGGCAGUGGGCACCGGGCAUGACCUGUAGGGACAGCGCAGGUUCCAGAUGAAGCAGGGAGAGCGAGCCUGGGUCCUGGCCCUGUGUGCCUGGUCUUAUGACCAUUUUGGCCAGGGCUUCACCAAGCAGCUGUUUUCCCAGCUCCCAGACUGGGCUGCUGGAGCUGGGCAUGGAACAGAAUAUUUGAAAUGGGGCCACUCUAGGCAGUCCCAAGCUGCUGAGGUACCUUUUGGACCCAGCUCGAGGCAGCCGUUGCCUGCAAGGAUCUGGGUGGUGGGCGGUCCCAGCCUGGCCCUGCCCCUACCCUGUGCCUCCACCCCUGCCCUUCCUAUGCUCCAAGGCAGGUAGGGAGGCGGGAGGCCAGGUAGCUCAGGAACCCAAACCUGUUGGGCAGGUUUUGAGAGCUGUGGAGAGAGGGACAGAGGCUGGAGAAGGAUGCACGGCCUGCCCUGGGCUUGCCUGUUCCCUCCUGAGCCUGAGCCUGAGCCCCUUACCUUCCUGACCCCAUGAGGCACGCACUGGCGCUGCUGGCUCCCCUGCUGGGCCUGGGCCUGGGGCUGUCCCUGAGUCAGCUGGCAGCGGGGGCCACAGACUGCAAGUCCCUUGGCCCGGCAGAGCCCCUGACAUUCACCCCAGCGGCCAGGGCCCGGUGGCUGGCCCCUCGAGUUCGUGCGCCAGGACUCCUGGACUCCCUCUACGGCACCGUGCACCGCUUCCUCUCCGUGGUGCAGCUGAAUCCUUUCCCUUCAGAGUUGGUAAAGGCCCUGCUGAGUGAGCUGGCCUCCGUGAAGGUGAAUGAGGUGGUGCGGUACGAGGCGGGCUACGUGGUGUGCGCCGUGGUCGCGGGCCUCUACCUGCUGCUGAUGCCCACUGCCGGGCUUUGCUUCUGCUGGUGCCGCUGCCGCCGGCGCUGCGGGGGGCGAGUGAAGACAGAGCACAAGGCGCUGGCCUUUGAGUGUGCGUCCCUCAUGGUCGUCCUGCUGCUGACCACCCUCUUGCUGCUGAUUGGUGUGGUCUGUGCCUUAGUCACCAACCAGCGCACGCAUGAACAGAUGGGCCCCAGCGUGGAGGCCGUGCCUGAGACCCUGCUCAGCCUCCGGGGCCUGGUCUCUGAUGUCCCCCAGGAGCUGCAGGCCGUGGCACAGCAGUUCUCCCUGCCCCAGGAGCGCGUCUCGGAGGAGCUGGAUGCCCUGCAGGUCUCCAUGCACCACCUGCAGGCCCUGAACGCUACAGUGGUGGAGCUGCAGGCCGGGCAGCAGGACCUGGAGUCAGCCCUCCAGCAACAACGGGACCGCCUCCUCCAGCUGCUGCAGGAGGCCGGGUGCCAGGGAGACUGUGCAGGGGCCCUGAGCCGGGCCCGCGCCCUGGAGCUGGGUGCUGACUUCAGCCAGGUGCCCUCUGUGGACCAUGUCCUGCACCAGCUGAAGGGAGUCCCCGAGGCCAACUUCUCCAGCAUGGUCCAGGAGGAGAACAGCACCUUCAACGCCCUUCCAACCGUGGCUGCCAUGCAGAUGUCCAGCGUGGUGCAAGAGCUGAAGAAGGCAGUGGCCCAGCAGCCGGAAGGGUUGAGGACACUGGCUGAAGGGUUCCCAGGCUCGGAGGCAGCUUCCCGCUGGGCCCAGGCACUGCAGGAGGUGGAGGAGAGCAGCCGCCCCUACCUGCAGGAGGUGCAGAGAUACGAGACCUACAGGUGGAUCGUGGGCUGCGUGCUGUGCUCCGUGGUCCUGCUCGUGGCACUCUGCAACCUGCUGGGCCUCAAUCUGGGCAUCUGGGGCCUAUCUGCCAGGGAGGACCCCAGCCAGCCAGAAGCCAAGGGCGAAGCUGGAGCCCACUUCCUCAUGGCAGGCGUGGGCCUCAGCUUCCUCUUUGCUGCCCCCCUCAUCCUCCUGGUGUUUGCCACCUUCCUGGUGGGCGGCAACGUGCAGACGCUGGUGUGCCAGAGCUGGGAGAGCGGCGAGCUCUUUGAGUUUGCAGACACCCCAGGGAACCUGCCCCCGUCCAUGAACCUGUCGCACCUUCUUGGCCUGAGGAAGAACAUCAGCAUCCACCAAGCUUAUCGGCAGUGCAAGGAAGGGGCAGCGCUCUGGACAGUCCUGCAGCUCAAUGACUCCUACGACCUGGAGGAGCAUCUGGAUAUCAGCCAGUACACCAACAAGCUGUGGCAGGAGUUGCAGAGCCUGAAGGUAGACACACAGAGCCUGGACCUGCUGAGCUCAGCCGCCCGCCGGGACCUGGAGGCCCUGCAGAGCAGUGGGCUCCAGCGCGUCCACUACCCCGACUUCCUCGUUCAGAUCCAGAGGCCUGUGGUGAAGACUAGCACGGAGCAGCUGGCCCAGGAGCUGGAAGGACUGGCCCAGGCCCAAGGCAAUUCUGUGCUGGGGCAGCGGCUGCAGGAGGAGGCCCACGGACUCAGAAACCUUCACCAGGAGAAGGUCGUUCCCCAGCAGAGCCUUGUGGCGAAGCUCAACCUCAGCGUCAGGGCCCUGGAGUCCUCUGCCCCGAAUCUCCAGCUGGAGACCUCAGAUGUCCUAGCCAAUGUCACUUACUUGAAAGGAGAGCUGCCUGCCUGGGCCACCAGGAUCCUGAGGAAUGUGAGUGAGUGUUUCCUGGCCCGGGAGAUGGGCUACUUCUCCCAAUACGUGGCCUGGGUAAGAGAGGAGGUGACUCAGCGCAUCGCCACUUGCCAGCCCCUCUCCGGGGCUGUGGACAACAGCCGUGUGAUCCUGUGUGAUAUGGUGGCUGACCCCUGGAAUGCCUUCUGGUUCUGCCUGGCGUGGUGCACCUUCUUCCUGAUCCCCAGCAUCAUCUUUGCUGUCAAGACCUCCAAAUACUUCCGUCCUAUCCGGAAACGCCUCAGCUCCACCAGCUCUGAGGAGACUCAGCUCUUCCACAUCCCCCGGGUUACUUCCCUGAAGCUGUAGGGCCUGUGGGGUGAGCUGACCCCAAGGCUGCCUGUCCUCCCCUUUGGUUCAGCCUGGGCCACAGGACUUCGGUAGCUCUUGCCCCAGAGCCCAGGCUGGCAUCGGGGCUUGGACUGUCCCUAAUUCCGGCUUACCUGGCCCGACCUUGCCUGCUCCUUUCCACCUCUUUCUGCUCACGACCCCCAUCAUUCGCUCUCAGAAUCACGUGGGACUUCCGUGCAGCUGCAGAGCCAGCAGGUCCCUCCAGGUGCCACCCCUUACCCCCCUGCUGGUGGCAUCCUCACGGGAAGAGCCUGUUCUCCACCUGCUGGAGCCUGGACCCUGGGGUGGGACAGAGGCCUCGUCCAACCCCACUCCCAUUCCCGUGUGUCCUCCCCGUGCCAAGCCUCCCUCUGCCCCUCUCUGAGCUCCUCGCCCCCCACCCCAUCCUCAUCUGGCCUCCCCGCUGGCUCCCACUUCCCGCUUAUGCCCUUCCUGGCCCUUUGCUUCCUCCCUUUGUCCCCUCGUCACCAUAUCCCCACUGCUAGCUUGCUGGCCCAGGGGACCGCCCUGCCCAACCAAACCACUCAGGUAACACCACUAAUCAGAAAGGGGCACCGUGGCCUAGGUCUGGGCUACUGCAGGCCCUGCCUCAUGGCCCCUGAGCCCUCCACUGCCCCAGAGCCCUGGGUCCUCUGCAGAUCUCAUCCUGGAUUUAUUGGUGCCCAGCGGGGUGACGGAGGCCUGUCUGAAGGCCGAGCCUCCCUGCCUGCACCCAGGUUAGAAACGGGGGUACGAGCACUUAGCUCCUCUCUGAGUGCUGGCUCCCGAGGAAGGGACCUGGGGCCUGGGCCACAGUGGGGACUCGCCCUUAUCUCUUCAGAAGGAAGCAUCUUCCGCAGCCCCCACCCAGCUUUCUUAGGAGUGGCCUGGUGGCCAGAACAGGGUUUUGCACUGCCCCUUCUAUCCUGCGCGUGUGGCCGAGGGUCAUCCCCAGCCCAUCCCUGUGUCAGCCCUGAGUGCUGGAUGCUGUGUUCCACAAAUGAGGAAGAGGAGAGAGAGAAGAGAUGGACAGACCUCAGAUCCAUUAAAGCGUUCUCACCUCCCUGAGACUUGGUUCUGGGUCCUUAAAACCAGGUUUCCUCGGCUGGGGCCCUGUACACAGUUGGUGUUUAAUGAGUGUGUAUGGAGAGGAGAGUUCUAAGGUCACCUCUGGCUGCAGGCAUCCAGGGGUUAUUCCAGCAAUAUGCAGGUAGGGCGUGCGUCCCAGCCUGGAAGCCUGCUGUCAGGAGCAGGCAGACCUAGACUCCCAGCCUGGCUGUGAUACGUGCUCGCUCAGCUUCUCCAUUUAUAAGAUGGGGAGAAGAGUCACAGCCUCCGCAAAGAGUUGUGCAAAUCAAAUGUGAUCAUUCACAGAAAGCCCUUAGCAGUGGCCUGGCACAAAACAAACGGUCAUAGGAAGCUGCCUGUUAUUAUUGUCGUUGUUUGCCAUGACUGCUCUGGGCCGGGGGUAGAGCUGGUGUCUGGGCGUGUACAAGGGAAGAGGGAGACAGGCCUCUGUUCAAAGGCAGAAAGUCCUUUCAGAUUGUGGUGGGCUGGGUUUCAGGGAGUGUCCGUGUUGUUUGUUCUUGUUUGUUUGUUUGUUUGUUUGUUUGUUUUGAGACAGGGUCUCGCUCUGUCACCCAGGCUGGAGUGUAGGGGUGCAAUCUUGGCUCACUGCAACCUCCACCUCCUGGGCUUAAGCGAUCCUCAUGCCUCAGCCUCCCAAAUAGCUGGGAUUACAGGUGCGUGCCACUGUGCCUGGCUAAUUUUUGUAUUUUUUGUAGAGACAGGGUUUUGCCAUGUUGCCCAGGCUGGAAGUGUCUAUGAUUAACUGCAUCUUAUAAACCAGCCACAAGUUUUCUACUAGAAAUUAGAAUGGUGCAUACACAAUGUAUUGUUAUCACUGUCAGAAGAGCGUCCUUGAAUGUAGCGUGACUGCCUCUUUUUUGCCUUUCCUAGAGGGUUUUUUUUUUUUUUUUUGCUUGUUACUCAUCUGUUGACCUACCUGGGGGAAGUAGUACCCUUGCAUUUAAAAAAUAAAAUUGAUGGGAUU